AUGGACAGCGAACCAAUCAUGGAGAACCUCAGGGCGAUACAGAACCACAAGCAUUUUGGCCUGAAAGAGGGCCAAAUUACCGACAAGAUACAAGUGGAGGAUGGUCUCAAGUACUUAAGCCGUGGCAACCGGGUGCUGCAGUACAAGCUUCUACUACAUGACCAAGCACCCGGGCAUGGCCAAUUGCUAUGGUGUGUCCAAGCAAAAUCAGUGAAGGAGGAACUCAUCGAAGUCUUCCCCCACGGCUUUUUCCUUUGGGGUCUCCAUUUCAGGACAUUGAGAGAAUUGAUCGAAUGGUUCAAAGAGACCGGAUGGCGAAACCGGGACAAGUGCAGAAAGGAUUUCCGUGAGGAGCCUGGACUCACUUGCUUUAACACAGAGCGUUUGCGGAUGUUUGCGGCAUAA